UACUGUAUUGUGUGCUUAUAUGGUCGUUUUAUCAAUUGAAUUCCUGCCUUCCUCGACCAUUUUAUUUGGGAUGUUGCUCAUGAUAUACUCAUUUAUGGUCUUUGGUCUUAGUGAGUUAGUGGUGAUUGCUGAAUGCAGGAUAUAAGAAGUGAAAUGUGUUGCAUUUGGUAAACUUGAAUUGGAUCUGAUUUAAACUUUUAUUUGGAAUCAUCUAUUGCAAUAAGAAAACUAAUUUGUAGGUUUUAUCAGUGUUAGGUUCAAUCGUUCAAGUAUGCACUUGAGCUUCAUUCUUCUUGUUCUGGUGGAAUAUUCUAUAGUCAUUGAAUGGAUUAUCCAUGUUUAACCUUUCCGAAGUAACCACUGGAUCAAAAUUGAAUAUUAAAUCAUCUGAUAGAUUCAUGUUUCAAUAUCUCCUUGUGUAUACCUGACCAUCCUUUUGAUUAGGUGUCUGAGAGUGUGACAGCUCCUAAUUGAUUAGUUGUAAUGCCAUUGCAGGAUUCUAAUAACCUUUCUGAUGAGAAGUCUGAAAGCAGACUUUAUAUUGGCAACCUUGAUCUAAGGAUUUCAGAGGCGGCCUUGAUUAAGAUGUUUUCACCAUAUGGAAAGAUAAUAUCUGAAGACUUUUUGUGGCAUACUCGUGGACCCAAACGUGGGGAGCCACGCGGUUAUGCAUUUGUUCAGUUUAGUACCAAAGAGGAAGCUCAACAAGCCAAGGAAAAGAUGCAUGGGAAACUGGUUUGCGGGCGCCCAUUGAUCGUUCGUCUUGCCAGCGAGAAGUACUUGAUGGAAGGGGGAGAAAGUUCUUCCAAAGCAGUAGGAGGCGGCGAGACAACCAAACCAUACCUCUCUGGAGGUUCCUUAACGCGUAUGAGCCGUGGCGCUAAAAUAGCUGCAAUUAAGAAUAAACUGAAGUCCAUGGAAGAAGAGAGCCACCUUUCAAAAAGACAGAAACCAGCAGACAGUAGCUCCCGCAGCAGUAACAGUUAACAGAUAAUAGGAUCUGAUUACUACAGAAGAAGAUGGUGCAUAAGAUUUGUUGCUCCUACAAACAUUAUGCAGCUUAGGCUCUUUGUAUUUUAAAGGACACCAUUUCUCCAUAUGGUCCUUGCUGUGUAUUAUGCCGAAUGUUGCUACAGUUGUGAUUACUGUUAUACUUUAUAUUGUUGCAUGAAGUCUAAUUUUCUUGGUUGAUGAAUUUAAGGAACCUUUUGUUAA